CCGCCCUUUACUGAAACCUGUUUAGUGUACAACUCUUAGAUCUCAUCAAAAUGGAUUGGGAUCGUAAUAGGAGGUUUGAUGAUCACCGGGGCGGAGAGAGUUAUCGGCCAGCAAACUCCCGCAGCUAUUUUCGUCGAAGUCGGUCACCACAGCGAAACCGAUCUCCUCGCCUGUUUGCUGAUACAUGGGUACCGUCCACGACUCGCACGUAUGGACGUGUUCGGAGUCGUUCUCCCCCGGGGUUUAGGCGUCGUUCUUCUCGAAGUCCCUCGCCUUAUAGCAGGGAUCCUGGUCUUUCUUCAUAUGCUAGAUCGAGCCCCCCCUUACGCCGAUUUUCUCCUCGACGAGACGGGAGACCCAGAUCACCUCGCCAAACCUCGUGGCGCCCAAGGUCUCCGUAUAAUGAAGGCCGUCCCCGUAAUACUUCAUGGAGCCGGCCCCCGUCCAAAAGGCCUCGGGACCCCUCGCCCGUUCAUCAAGAUUCCAGGUUCUCGAGGAAUGAAAGGUCGUCUAUUCCUGAUCACUAUGUCAGAUACAGUCCGUCCUCAAGACAGCCUCCCGUGCGAGACAAUGGGCCUCGUGCAUCGGCAAUAUCUCGGUCUCGGAGUCCGUAUCGGGGAGUGCAGAGGGAGCGCCACUUGGAUGGUUUACUGAACCAGAGGAGACGGUCGCCAUCCCCUAGAAGAGUCCCAUCUGUCCAUGCUUCGGCCCCUGGUUCUCAUUCCAAUUCGAGACUUUCAUCACCCUCGGUCGACAGAGUCAGUGCGACUCAGCUGGACUCAACAGACCGAUCGCCCGCCCACCCCACCCACGAUCGGCGUUCGUCCAAACCCCCGGAUCAAGACCGUGUAGUCCCCGCGCCUUAUAAGUUGGGCAAGGACGACACCAACCCAAGGCUUACAGCGUCAGAGCAACACCCACAUAUGUCGAGUAAUGAUACUGAUUUUGGCGAUAUUGGAGUGUCUCGGCUCAGCGAUGUUCAUGAAAGGGAUCCUCGACUGGACAACGCACUUUCCCCCAGUAUCCCCAGUCACCCCAGGGCCUUUCCUUCAUUGCAAAGUCAAUCCCCACCUUCUGGACCGUCGCAUGGCCCCAAACACCAGUUUUCCCAUCACCGUGGCAUAAAUCUAUCUCUACUGUCAGCGCCGACCCGUCCUCGAGGGGGUGCAGGUUUCAAGGAAGGCAGUUGGGCUGGUGGAUCUGCUCGCCGUGGCCCUGCCUCUACUAUGCCUUACGGUCCUCCUACUGGCCCACGCAAUAUCAAUGGCCCGCAGAAUCAGGGAGCUGAAAUCAUUCGUCAGAACACUUACCGGCAGGGCAGCAAUGCUGGGGUUCUUAAUCACCCUCGUGCUCCGCGGUAUAUGAACCAUUUAUCGAGUUCUUGCUCCAUAAUUCCUGGGGGCCGGAUUAUUUCCUCCAGUUUAGAUGUCUCUAUCGAGAAGCGCCUCUCCCAAUUAGAUUCCGACCAGGAUCGGCUUCUCGAGCAGAAUACAGACAGCCAAAGUCUGAAAAGGCUAGGGACCAGAGAUUGGGAUAGGUUUGACCGAGAAAGCUCAAUCUGUGCUUUAAAAAGCGAUUUGGCAGAGGGGCAUCUACAGCGCCUAGCAGAUGGUGGUUGUGUCCAGGCAGGAACUUUGUUUUAGUAUCACAAAUAUUCGAAAGAGUUACAAGAAUUAAUUUGAACGUUGAUGAC